AAAUCGAUCCACUCGACAUUCUAUAGAAGUUUUUUUUUAUUCCAAUGAGUUUGUUUUUCUUUUUGAUUAGUGACUUGAAAUCGUUUAUUAUUUAAUUUCUUUCAUUGGAUUGGUUUUAAUUUAGUUGUUGUUUGAUGUGUUUAAGUGUUUGCGGUUAUAUUGUUUCACUUGUGUUCUUCAUUUGUUCAAAUUAAAAGUGUUUCUGUUGACUUGUUAAAAUGGAAAUUGAAGAUUUGGAAAAGCUUGAAUAUUUAUCUCUCGUUUCAAAGGUUUGCUCUGAAUUAGAGAAUCAUUUAGGAAUAAAUGAUAAAGAUUUAGCCGAAUAUAUAAUACAUUUGGCUGACGAAAAUGAUACAUUUGACAAAUUUAAAAAGGUUCUCAUUGAAAAUGAUCCUGAUUUAACUGAUUCUCUCAUUGCCAAUCUAUUGAGAAUCAUCACUCGGAUGAGACCAAAGAAAUCAGCUGUUGAAGAUAAGCCUGUUAUUCAAGCAACUUCUAAAGACGAUUUAGCUAUUAAGAGGAUUCUUUAUCCAGGCCUUGCCAUUCCUAAUGAUUUUGCUGCCAGUAGAAAAUUAUUAAAAGACUCAGAUGAUGAUGAAGAUGAUAAGAAAGAAAUUGUCAAUUCAAAAGCUUUUUUUGAGCAGAUGGAAUCUUCUAAAAAGAUUGAUGCUGAUAUCGAUGACACUAUGGCCUUACUGGAGUCUCUUGCUCCUAGUGAAGAUAAUAAGGAACUGGCCUCAUCAAAUAAGCAUUCAAGAAGUCACAGAAAAAGGAGUCGAAGUAGAAGUCAAUCAAGAGAAAGAGAUUCACGUCAUCAUCGAUCAUCUAGACAUAGAGAUCGGUCAAGAUCUCGAUCACAUGAUAGAUCAAGGAGAUAUGAAUCAAAGCGGCAUAGGAGUCGAUCAAGAGAUGGUUCAGGUCGCCAUCGUAGAAGUAGAUCAAAGGAAUCAUCCAAUCGCCAUCGUAGAAGUGAUAGUGAUGAAAGAAGAUCUCAUUCAAAUCGAUAUGCUGAUAAAAAACCGGCAAGAGAGCAGAAACAAUUACCUCUUGAACCAGAAGUUGGGGCUAUUUAUGAUGGAAAGGUUUCCAAUAUUAUGAAGUUUGGUUGUUUUGUACAAUUGGAAGGACUUAAGAAACGAUGGGAAGGAUUGGUUCAUAUAUCACAACUUCGACGUGAAGGUCGAGUUAAUGAUGUCUGUGAUGUUGUUUCUCGUGGACAGAAAGUCAAAGUAAAAGUAAUUUCUUUUAAUGGACAAAAAACAAGCCUUUCAAUGAGUGAUGUUAAUCAAGAAACUGGUGAAGAUUUAGGAAAUCGUAAUAGUUUUGGUAAAAAGCCAUUAGACAUCGAUCAAGCUGAUGAUUCAAUCACUCGUAAUCCUGAUCGACCUGCUAUGUUACCCCUCGAAGAUACUCGAGCCAAUGAUGAAGAUAUUGACAAUAGACGAAGAAUAAUCCAAAGAAUAUCAUCUCCAGAGAAAUGGGAAUUAACUCAAAUGUUACACGCAAAUGCGAUUGAUAAAUCAGCUCUUCCCGAAUUUGAUGAAACCACCGGCUUAUUACCAAAGCCGGAUGAAGAUGAUAACGAAGAUAUUGAAGUAGAAACCAUUGAAGAUCCAACACCAUUCCGUCGAGGUCAUGGACGUUCAGCUCAAGAAUUAAGUCCAGUUAGAAUAGUAAAAAAUCCCGAUGGUUCUCUGGCACAAUCAGCCAUGAUGCAAUCAGCUUUAGCCAAAGAGCGGCGAGAGUUGAAACAACAGGCAAGAGACGCUGAGAUAGAAGGAGCUCCUUCAGGCUUGAAUAAAAAUUGGAUCGACCCAAUGGCAGAAAAUGAAAGUCGUGGACUAGCAGCAAACGCCAGGUCAUCAAACAGUGUCCCUGAAUUACCUGAAUGGAAAAAGCAUAUAAGCGGUGGGACGAAAGCAUCGUACGGUAAAAAGACUCAAUUGUCCAUAAUCGAGCAGAGAGAAAGUCUUCCCAUCUUCAAGUUGAAAGAUGAACUGAUCAAGGCAGUUGCAGAUAAUCAAAUCUUAAUUGUUAUCGGUGAAACGGGUUCAGGUAAAACGACACAGAUCACUCAGUAUCUCGCCGAUGCAGGUUAUAUUUCUCGAGGUAAAAUUGGCUGUACUCAACCAAGAAGAGUGGCUGCAAUGUCGGUUGCCAAACGUGUCGCUGAAGAGUUUGGUUGUCGAUUGGGACAAGAAGUUGGUUAUACUAUUCGUUUCGAGGAUUGUACAAGCCCAGAGACUUUAAUUAAAUACAUGACAGACGGAAUGUUACUUCGUGAAUGUUUAAUUGACUCCGAUUUAAAUGGUUAUUCAAUUAUCAUGUUGGACGAGGCUCAUGAACGGACAAUUCAUACCGAUGUUUUAUUUGGAUUAUUGAAACAGGCGGUUAAAAAAAGACCAGAACUUAAAUUGAUUGUCACUUCUGCUACUUUGGAUGCAGUUAAAUUUUCAUCAUACUUUUUUGAAGCUCCCAUUUUCACUAUUCCCGGAAGGAGUUAUCCUGUUGAAAUUUUAUAUACAAAAGAACCGGAAACUGAUUAUUUAGACGCAUCUUUGAUCACCGUAAUGCAAAUUCAUUUGACCGAAGCACCAGGCGAUGUAUUACUUUUCUUAACUGGUCAAGAAGAGAUCGAUUCGGCUUGUGAAACUUUAUACGAACGAAUGAAGUCCCUUGGACCUGAAGUUCCCGAAUUAUUGAUUCUCCCCGUUUACUCAGCUUUACCCAGUGAGAUGCAAAGUCGCAUUUUCGAACCUGCCCCGCCAGGAUCUCGAAAAGUUAUUAUCGCGACCAAUAUCGCUGAAACGUCUCUUACAAUUGAUGGAAUUUUCGUCAUUGAUCCAGGAUUCGUGAAGCAAAAUGUUUACAACCCAAAGACCGGAAUGGACGCACUUGUAGUCACUCCGAUCAGUCAAGCGCAAGCUAAACAAAGAGCUGGACGUGCAGGUAGAACUGGACCUGGAAAAUGUUAUCGACUUUACACCGAAAGAGCUUACAGAGACGAAAUGUUAACUACACCAGUUCCUGAAAUUCAACGAACAAAUUUAGCCUCAACUGUACUUCAAUUAAAAGCCAUGGGAAUCAAUGAUUUAAUCUCUUUCGAUUUCAUGGACGCUCCACCAACCGAAUCUCUAAUCAUCGCGAUGGAACAACUUUACUCACUUUCCGCUCUCGAUGAAGAAGGUCUUCUCACUCGACUCGGCCGUCGAAUGGCUGAAUUUCCUCUUGAACCCAUGUUAUCAAAAAUUUUAAUCAUGUCCGUGAAUUUAGGCUGUUCUGAUGAAAUUUUAACGAUCGUCUCCAUGUUAUCAGUGCAAAAUGUUUUCUACCGACCGAAGGAUAAACAAGCUCUUGCAGACGCUAAAAAGGCCAAAUUCAACCAAAUGGAAGGUGAUCAUUGUACUUUACUCGCAGUUUUUAAUUCUUGGAAAUUGAAUAAAUUUGCAAGCAUUUGGUGUCACGAGAAUUUUGUCCAAGCUCGAACACUUAAACGAGCCCAAGAUGUAAGGAAACAAUUACUUGGAAUUAUGGAUCGACAUAAAUUAGAUGUUGUCUCGUGUGGUCGAAACACGGCAAGAGUUCAGAAAGCGAUUUGUUCCGGAUUUUUCAGAAAUGCAGCGAAAAAAGAUCCACAAGAAGGAUAUCGAACUCUCGUCGACAAUCAAGUGGUCUACAUUCACCCGUCAAGUUCAUUAUUUAAUCGACAACCUGAAUGGGUAAUUUACCACGAAUUAGUUUUAACAACCAAAGAAUAUAUGAGAGAAGUGACAACAAUCGACCCAAAAUGGCUCGUUGAAUUUGCACCAUCAUUUUUCAAGUUCUCUGAUCCAACCAAAUUAAGUAAGAACAAGAAACAACAGCGAUUAGAACCUUUGUACAAUAAAUACGAGGAACCAAAUUCUUGGAGAAUAUCCAAAGUUCGUAGAAGAAGAAAUUAGUUUCAAUAAUCAAAUGUGAAUAAUUGUAAACAAAAGAGAAACAACUAAUUUAUAUUUAAAAAAAUGGAUCAAUAAGAUUAGGUGAUUGUUCAGCUGAUCAAUUAACGCAUAAUUUGACAUAAAUAAAGUUAUGCAAAUGAUUAAAAACAAA